AUGUGGAGAUUGUUCCCGAAACCCAACCGCCUAAAGGAAAAGGAAAACGAAACAAAGAAAGAGUUUUUUGCGGAUGACGAUAAAUCCACCGAUGAGGAGGUCGAACAAGAGGCGGUUACGAGUAUUAUUGAUUUGUAUGGUGCGCGUUAUCUUAGAACGCCCACAUGGGACGACCUUCAAAAGAUCUGCGAGGUACAUUCGGCGGAGCAUGGUUUGCUUGGUAUGAUCGGGAGCUUGGAUUGCAUGCAUUGGCAUUGGGAUAACUGCCCGACCGCAUGGCGAGGCCAACACACACGGGGUGACCAAAAAGGACCCACUGUUAUUCUUCAGGCGGUUGCCUCACAGGACCUUUGGGUUUGGUCGGCUUACUUUGGCGUGGUCGGGUUAUGCAAUGAUAUAAAUGUCUUUGAACAAUCUCCGUUGUUAGAGGAUUGUAUUUCUGGCAGAGCUCUAAAAGCGUCAUUUUACGCAAAUGGAAACUACUACCCUCAUGGAUAUUAUUUGUGCGACGGAAUUUAUCCUAGGUAUUCGAUUGUCGUGAAGACGUUUAGUGAUCCUAUUGAUGAAAAAAUAGCAUACUUUAAAAAGGUACAAGAGUCUUCAAGAAAAGACAUUGAGAGAUGCUUUUGGGUUCUUAAACAACGAUGGCAAUAUUUGAGAAAUCCUUGUCGUGCAUGGACCAAGCAAAAAAUGAGAAAUGCUAUUUACGCUUGUAUAAUCAUGCACAACAUGAUUUUGGAAGACGAAGGAAAGUAUGUACCACCUGAGGGUGAAGAAGAAACGGAGGACGAGGAAGACGAAGUUGGCGAUGGUGAAGAAAGCGAAGACGAAAACUAA